CGCAGCCGCAGCCGCAGCCGCCAGUGCCGGCGCCGCGUGCCGAGCCGGCCAACCCCUUCGACGAGCCAGAGGGGAGCAACCCGUUCCUGGAGCCGGAGGACAUGGACCAGGAGCAGGAGGAGGCGGCGGCCGCGGCCGCGGCGCCGGAGGCCAAGGAGUCUCCCCGCGACAAGCCGCGUAAGGAGAGCUCCAGCAAGAAGGAUAAGCUGGAGAAGAUGAUGUCGCCGCUGAAGAAGACGCCGCACAUCUUCCGCCAGCUCACCUCGAAGAAGGAGAAGGACUCGCUGGAGGCUUUGGAGAAGGACGCCGCGGGUGACGACAUGCCACCGAGCCCCACGGUGUCGCUGCUGCCGCUGUCGGACGGCCGCGAGAGGCGUGUGGUGGAGGGCGGCAACGAGCGCGGCCCGGCCUCGGCCGAGCCGUCCCGGCUGUCGCGCGACACUCUUCGCGCCUUCGACGGCCGCUCGCGCGACAGCCUGAUCGAGCAGGUGCUCGGUCUGCAGCAGGAGCUCAAGAAGGUCAAGGACGAACUGAAGAAGUCCAAGGCGCAGACAUCGGAUCUGGACGAGUACCUGGACACGCUGCUGCUGCGCGUCAUGGAGGCGCAACCGGACCUGCUGCAGAACCCGCUGCGCACGGCAGCUGGUGUGAAGUACGCCGGCCGGGCCUGCUGAGCCGGGAGGAGAUGACACACGGUACG